UCCGAAUAAUGAACAAUAUCCCGAAAGUCACUAACCCGGAUGUAAACGUCAUAGAGAAAAAAUUUCCCAGUCACAACAAAAUUUGUGGCUCAAAAGUGUUUCAAUUUCUUUACUGUGAUACUCUUGAUUUCUUUUCUUAUUGUUCGAAAAUAUGACUACACCUGCAAGGCGACGAUUAAUGAGAGAUUUUAAGAGGCUUCAAGAAGAUCCUCCCGCAGGUGUCAGUGGUGCCCCAACAGAAAAUAAUAUUAUGCUAUGGAAUGCUGUGAUAUUUGGACCUCAUGAUACCCCAUUUGAAGAUGGUACAUUCAAACUAACAAUAGAAUUUACUGAAGAAUAUCCUAAUAAAGCCCCAACAGUGCGAUUUGUUUCAAAAAUGUUUCAUCCUAAUGUUUAUGCUGAUGGCAGUAUAUGUUUAGAUAUAUUACAAAAUAGAUGGAGUCCCACAUAUGAUGCUUCAGCCAUUUUAACCUCUAUACAAUCUCUUCUUCAUGACCCAAAUCCAAAUAGUCCUGCAAAUAAUGAAGCGGCUCAGUUAUAUAGAGAAAAUAGGCGAGAGUAUGAGAAAAAAGUACAAUGCAUAGUGCAAGAGAGCUGGAAAGAUGAUUCCGAUGAUGACGAUGAAAAUGACGAUGAUGGAGUUGAUGAUGAAGAUGAGGAGAUGAAGUCUUAGCGAACACUGAUACUGAACAUUUGCAUCCAUACUUGUGUGAAAAAUCUCUCUUAAAAAAACAUUCAUCAAUUGUACUUUUAUUUAUAUUUACACUGAUCAUGUGUGUAAUUUAAUUCAGGAUUGUAAAUCUUGUUUUAUGAAGACGCUUUGCAUAAUGAUUUAUAAGCAGUAUACAGUACUUGGGUUGUUAAAUGCUAGCUUUUCCCCUCAUCAUCAUCAUUCCAAAAACAUCCUGCAACAUCUUUUUAUUUUAAUUAAUAAUAUCUUACAACAGAAAUGUCAGUGGACCAGAUGUUUCACUGAGGCUUUUUCAUGGGUUGGUUUAACUAAUUUGAUACAGGGAAGAAAAAUUUAUAAAAUAUGUGUAAUUUGAAAUCAUUGUAUGUACCAAUACAUAGGUUGCAGGAUGUUUUAUACACCAUGCAUUUUUUUUCUCCACUGCUUGACUUUACUUUGGAUUUUUCAGUCAUUGCUGGAUGAACCCAACCCAAACAGUCCCGCAAAUAAUGUAGCAGCCCAGUUAUAUAAAGAAAAUCGUCGUGAAUAUGAAAAACGAGUUAAGGUUGUGGUAGAGGAGAGCUGGAUAUAUCAUGGUGAAGUGGAGUAAUUAAUGUGUGUUCACACAAUAUAUAUAUCAAAACCAUGAUCUGUCUAGUUCUGUGUAUUGUUGAGUGCUAUUUUUUAUACUGUAUUAGAAAUGAGAACUGAUGUUACUGUAUUUUGAGUUUUUCGAGUAUGGGGAAAACAAUUGGUUAAGAUUUAAUUGGGACACAUUAUUGAUUCAUUUAAAAAUGAUUGAUCACAAUAUCAGGCAUUUUGUCCUUCAUGGCUUUUCAUAUAAAAAUACCAAUAUAGUUGUUAUAUUCUGAAUUUUUUUGUGUGUCUGUGAAAAUCUUUCCCUAUGAAGUUUGAAGCAUGUACAUUUUCUACUUAAUGCGAUACCUAGGAAUUGUAUGUUGGCUUGUGUCUUGUGUCUUUCACAUAUAUCUAAAUGAUACUAUUAAUGACUCAUUGAUUAUCAUGUUCUGUCAUUUCAUAGACUUUUUUUACUAUCAAGAAAAGUAACUUGGAUUCAACGUAUUGUUGAAGAUUGAUGAUAUUCCACAUGUACUGAUCAUUAAGUACUUUGUACUUGGUAUGCUGCACUUGUUAUGUGCUAUGCGGGUGCAUUUUUAUGUGUAGAUCAAAGUUUGUUGUUAAGUCAUAAAAAUAAAAUAUAAUUGAAUUACAAUGAAAA